UCUCACAGAUUUCCCGCGUUCAAUUAUAAGAAGGCCUCUCUCUCUCUCCCUUCGUCGUCGUGUCAUUUCAGACAACCACCGGCCGUCAACGGAUUCUCGCUUUAACCAGGAUGGGGGUGAACGGUGCAGUCGGAGAGGAAGGGAUCAGGAGAAGAGGAUGUUCAUGCACAAAAGACGAUUUUCUCCCUGAGGAGUCGUUCAAGAGCUGGGGCAAUUAUGUACAAGCCCUCAAGGAAACUCCGAGCCGGUUCAUGGACCGGGUGCUCACCCGAUCGCUCGACUCGACGGAGCUCCACGAGAUUAAGGGUCGGAGCCAGCAUGAGAUGAAGAAGAACCUCUCAUGGUGGGACCUCAUUUGGUUCGGUAUCGGUGCCGUCAUCGGCGCCGGCAUUUUCGUUCUCACCGGACUCCAAGCGAAGGAAGUCGCAGGCCCCGCCGUCGUGUUAUCCUACGUGAUUUCCGGUGUCUCCGCCAUGCUUUCCGUGUUUUGUUACACUGAGUUUGCUGUUGAAAUUCCUGUUGCAGGUGGCUCGUUUGCCUACCUUAGAGUGGAGUUAGGUGACUUCAUGGCCUUCAUUGCAGCUGGUAAUAUUCUCCUGGAGUAUGUUAUUGGAGGUGCUGCGGUGGCCCGGUCAUGGACUUCCUACUUUGCCACUCUCUGCAAUCACCAACCUGAGGAUUUCCGCAUCAUAGUCCACAGCAUGCCAGCGGACUAUGGGCAUCUUGAUCCUAUUGCUGUUGUUGUUGUCUCUGUCAUCUGUGUCCUCGCUGUCCUUAGCACCAAGGGCUCAUCGCGCUUCAAUUACAUUGCCUCUGUCAUCCAUGUUAUCGUCAUUCUCUUCAUAAUCAUUGCUGGCUUCACGAAAGCUGACCCCAAGAACUACAGCGAUUUUACUCCCUUCGGUGUUCGUGGUAUUUUCAAGUCUUCAGCUGUGCUUUUCUUUGCAUAUGUUGGUUUCGAUGCUGUUUCAACAAUGGCUGAAGAGACCAAAAACCCUGCUCGUGAUAUCCCUAUUGGUCUUGUUGGCUCGAUGGUUAUAACCACGACUGCAUAUUGUUUGCUUGCUGUGGCAUUGUGCCUAAUGCAACCAUUCUCGCAGAUUGAUAAGGAUGCCCCAUUUUCAGUAGCAUUUGAAGCUGUCGGGUGGUCAUGGGCUAAGUACAUCGUUGCUGCUGGUGCGUUGAAAGGCAUGACAACUGUUUUGCUCGUCAGUGCUGUUGGUCAAGCACGAUAUCUCACACAUAUUGCACGAACCCACAUGAUGCCACCAUGGCUCGCACAAGUGCAUCCAAAGACUGGGACGCCCAUCAAUGCUACCAUUGUCAUGCUUACUGCAACAGCAAUCAUCGCCUUCUUUACAGAUCUUGGCAUUCUCGCAGAUCUUCUAUCAAUAUCAACAUUAUUCAUCUUCAUGCUUGUUGCUCUUGCUCUUCUCGUUCGCCGUUACUAUGUCAGUGGUGAGACGACUAUGGCAGACCGUAACAAACUCAUCGCCUGCAUCGCCCUCAUCCUUGGAUCUUCAAUUGCAUCAGCUUUGUACUGGGGUAUAAGUGAUGACAACGAUUGGAUUACAUACGUGAUUACAGUACCAAUCUGGUUCUUUGCCACCAUGGCAAUUCAGAUUUUCGUCCCUCAUGCUAGGAAUCCAAAACUAUGGGGUGUACCAUUGGUACCAUGGCUACCAUCGGCUUCCAUUGCUAUCAACAUUUUCCUCCUGGGAUCAAUAGAUGGAGCAUCCUUCAUCAGGUUCGGUAUUUGGACUUGUGUCCUGCUAUUGUACUAUUUCUUCUUUGGAUUACAUGCAUCCUAUGAUACCGCAAAGGAAUCAGGAGAAAACAAGGUUGCAGAUGGAUGGAAGAAAGUCGAAGAAGGCGUCACCUCUUCAGAGGCCAAGUCUGGCUUACAAGUUACAAAUUCUAGUUAGUUUAACAGUAUGUUCACUUUAAUAUAUGGGAAUUGCGAUCAAUGUGUGUGUAAUUGGUCUUUUAUUCUUAUUGUCUUACUUUCCGGAACUUCUCUCUCGAAGGAGAAAUGAGUGUUUGUUUAUAUAGGAAAGUACAAAGAUUUUCUGUUCAUGUUGUCGCAGAUUCCUUUCGGGGUUCAGUGUGAAUAUUUUAUCUGUGAAAAAAAAAAUAAUAAUAAUAACAUGAAAAAGAGUUUGAUUUAAUCAUGCUUUCCACACUUGGUAUAAGCAUGAGAUUUCGUGAUUAA